AUUUGCUUAAAGAGAUGUACCACGGAGAUUACGAAUACUUAAUAAUGAGCAAUCACGAAUGAUUAGAAGGUGGACUUAAGUUGUCGAAAUAUGCCCUGCCGGUUUACAGGAAUUGCCGUAGAGUUCCUACGGGACAAAAUGCGAUGUACUUUGGCCUUGCGGCGCCCACUUUUUGCUUGGGUUUGACCGUGGGCGGCAUUGGUACCGUAGGGGAGCUACUGUACCGGUACAUGUAUGUGUUGGUCUCAACCUGUCUCUCAGCUCUCAGCAUGAAGGCGGGUUUAGGUACUUUGAUCGCUACUUUAGUACAAAGUCUACAUCAUCAGUUGAGGCCUACAUUACGAGUGCGAGUAGCAGGGGCUAUGUUCUCGAGGCUGUCCAGGUGGGAUGGGCGUGAAAGAUCCGGAAGAGCGAUCCAGGCAGUAUCUUUCAUUUGGUGCUAACCGGUCUGUUCGUGUUCCUGUCAGCAUUGGUUUCGAAAAAGUUUAGUUUUGCAUCCUCCCUUCGAAAGCUCACAAAUUGCAAAUCCUGCAAGCUAGAAACCAAUCUAGCUUUCAGCAAACCAAAGCAAACCAAAGCAAACUCAUCGAAACCGCCUUUUGCAACCAUGAAGUUGACUUUCGCCGCCGCCUUCGCCGUGGUCUCUGCCGGACUCGUUUCGGCCGGCCGCCUGGGAGGACCAAGUGCCUCCAUUCAAGCCACCAAGAAGUCCGCCGCCACUCCGUCGUCUUCUGCCUUCACGCUCAAGCUCGAGCAAAACCACCGUCACCUCUCCACCUUUGGAAGUUGUGCCAACCCGGAUACCGACACGUACAACUACGCGACCCUGGUCGACGGUGCAGGAUUCACUGAUUUGUCCACUCGACUCACCAUUGAUCAAAUCCUGGACCCCAGCGAGUUUACUGGCUUCAUUACUAUCCCCAUGUUCAAUGGUGGAAAGAACAAUGACGGCACCACCCCCCAAGUCGCUGAGGCAAAGUUGGCCUAUGACUGCGCAGCCAAAAAGCUCUGUGUUUCUGCCUACUUGACACAAUGCUACCUUGACGGCAAUGCCGCUUGUGAUGAUGGAAGUGGUAAUGCUAACGGUCCCGACUAUGUUAUUCAAAGCGAUUCAGACUCUUGGAUUUCCUUUGGAAGUGGAAAUGUCAAGCUCUUUGGUGUCACAUACCUCAUGGACGGCGUUGAUACCAUUGGUUGGGAGGCUUGUUGGACCUUGGAACCAUCCGAUAACCCUAAUAAGCUUGGCCCCUUGGAGUUUAUCGAAUCAGGAGACUGGGCAACUGAAAUCCACUUUAAUCGUGUAAAUGAAAACGGGAACACCAACACCAUUUCCACGGGCAAAGCAACCGGUUCACCUCCUGGAAAACCUCAGAAGAUCUGUGGUGAAUGCCCGGAUUGCACCCCUCCCUCUGACCCUGUUCCUCCAGUCUGCAUGAGAAACGAUUGUGACGGCAACCAUGUGGCCGACCCAACGAUGGAUGGACAAGACUGUGACCCCACACUUGCACUUAACCCCCCUGGCACUGUUGAAGCAUGUGGAGUGUACCAGUGCAGUGCCGGCAAUUGCGUAAAGGCUACGGACAAGGCUGAUGGUGACUCAUGCAUUGCCGAUGAUGGCUCCACCUACACUUGCUGCGGAAAUUUAUGUGUCGAUGAUGGCACCUACUCAACGCUUUGUGGUGGCGACACCUGCCCCACUACCUGUGAGGACCCUAUCCUUAGUCCGGCUCCUGGACCUGCCUCUGAUCCUUCGCAGCCUGUUGCCAUUUCGGGAUGCUCCUUCGACGCUGUCAUCACGGACACUACUAGGACAUCAUCAGAUUGCAAGGGAGCCACAUCCAAUCUUGAGGGCACAUUGACAACCCCACCAAAUGGCGAUGUUUGUGGACAAUACAUGCUGACUUGGACUCCAGGCCCGGACUGUACCAUGGAGGACUCCCCAUCCUCAUCAGUCACCUAUGAGUUGUCCUACCCAGGCUUGCCCACGUUGAACAUGCCAAGUGACUACGAUGCUUCCUGCUCCGACAACGACUUUGGCUCUCCAACUGCCUCGGACUCGUGCGGUGCUGACCUUACUCCCAUUCUUUCUGUGCAAACUCAAGAUGGCUCUGACUCGUGCGAUUCCACUACACUACGCACCUACACUGUGACGGAUGCUUGUGGUCAAACCGAGACUAAGACUCAAACUAUCAGAGUGCGAGACACUGAAGCCCCAACCGAUGUGACUGUAGCAGAUUACACUGCUGAGUGCAGCUCGGGCAAUGGACUUCCGGCGGAUUCAAGUGCUUUUCCUACUACUACCACUGGUUCAGCCUCUGCUUCCGAUAAUUGCAAUGCCGAAAGCAUCACUUAUUCAUUCACAGAAAGCGCAGGAGCCUAUGAUGAUCCCAAAUGCCAGUAUUCUUUCACUCGAACCUGGAGUGCUGAUGAUGGUUGCGGCAAUGUCAAUCAGGAUGCUGUAACUCAGACGAUUACCAUUGAGGAUACUCAGCCACCGACAGUAUCUGCCCCAGCCGACGUUUCCUUGAAGUGCCAUGCCACCAACCUUGACACAUCUCCAACCGACAGUGGAACCGGUGUGGCCACAGCCUGGGAUGCCUGCUCUGCCGUGGAUGCCCUUACCAUUACCCCCGUUGACACCACAAUUUCAGGCAGCUGCGACGGAAACUACACCAUUCAACGCUCUUGGGCGAGCACAGACGAGUGCGAAAGGACCUCCACAGCAGUGAAUCAAAUCAUUACUGUUUCGGAUUCCGAUGCUCCCAAAAUGAGCGUUCCUGCUGAUGGCGAGCAGCAGUGUGGAGCACCAGCGGUUGAUUUUGGUACUGCAACAGCACAAGACGACUGUGAUGGGCCCAUUCCUGCCGGUAGUAUUUCCUCUAGUGAUACGGUACAACCCCAAGCUUGCACUGAUGGAGUUUUGAAGACAACCACUCGCACUUGGACAGCAGUUGACGAGUGUGGCAACUCCGUCAAGAAAGACCAAAUCAUCCUUGAGGUCGAUACGGUUAACCCAACUAUUGAUAUGACGAGCGCACCCAAUGUCGAACAGCAGUGCGGUGCCCCCCUCCAGCCUGUUGGAGCGGCAACAGGCUCAGAUGACUGUGAUGUCAAUGUUGAUGUUACCGUGUCUGAAGAUUUCGCUGACACAUUUGGAACGUGCGGUGUGGAUAAGAUCAUCAACACGACUGUAAAGACUUGGACCGUGACGGACGAUUGCUCCAAUUCGAUCUCGGCAGUUCAAACCAUUACUGUUGUGGACAAGGUGGCUCCCGAACUCACUGUGCCGGGUGAUGUCCAACAGGAAUGUGGCGGACGUUUUGUGCCUACUGGCAGUGCGAGUGCGACGGAUACAUGCACCGUCCCGACGGUUACCAGCGAUUCCAACAUUGCUCGCGAUGACGGAACUUGUGUUGAUAAUGUCACCAAGAUCGAGACCAUCACAUUUACUGCCACCGAUGCCUGUGGUAAUGCUGAAUCCAAGGACCAAGUCAUUACGACAAAGGAUACCACUCCACCGGCCCUCACUAUGCCUGGCAAUGUUGUGAUUGAAUGCAAUGAUCCCAAUGCCAGUACCGACCCAAGCUACACCGGCACCGCAACCGCCUGGGAUGCCUGUUGGGGUGAUCUGGCUGCUACGUCCUAUGAUAGGGAUACCAGCCCGUCUUCGUGUGAUGCUGACAAAGUGAUUUCUUCAAUCGACAGAGACUGGUCGAGCACAGACACUUGCGGCCUGACCCGCACCCUAACCCAAGAGAUCAAGACUAUCGAUACGCUUGCCCCAGAAUUGGAAAACGGCCCUGCUUCUGAGGCUAGUUUCCCCUGCAACAGUGACUGUGUCGUCGAUGGUUAUGUUGUUGAAACUGCGGAAUGUGCUGGUGCCCCACCAACUGCGGCCGAUCAGUGCGAAGGUGCCAUCACUGUGACCAAAUCCGACUCGCCCAAGACUGACACACUAGAUCCCCCAGGCGUGGAAUACACCCGUACCUAUUCGGCUAUCGACUCUUGCGGCAACUCGGUGGAGCAAACGCAGACGAUCAGUAUUGUGGAUAUUUGCGAGUUCCCAAUUUCGGACGCAUUUUCGGGUCUUGGAAUCAAUGUGAUGGUGUCGAUUGUCAACAUCGCGGGUGGAGUGAACAUUACGAUCGACGUGGAAGAUGAUAACUUGGUAGGAGAUCUCCGCGGUGUGUUCUUCAAGGUGUAUGAUGUGAGCAAGAUCACUGGAAUCUCGGGACCUCAUGUUGGAGACAUGCAGAUUGAUGCCAACGGAGUGACCAAGGUUAGCAAUGACGUGCGAAUGACGGGAGGCGGCAACACUCAGCCACAAUCUUACAACGUGGGAGUGGAGAUUGGAACUCGUGGGCUCCGCCAGGAUGACAUUGAUUUGACCUACUUUGUCGUGAGUGGAAUCACUACCGACGACAUUGACGACACCCAGCAAGAGACUGGAACGUUCGGAAUCCGUUUGACCUCGGUUGGAACAGGCGGCAACGAUCGCGAAGACUCCAGCAAGAUCACGGGCAACGCUGUUUGUUGCCGUGCCUAAGCAAUCAGAUCAAUGGAGUCAUGAUAUCGGAUGGACACAGAGAAAGAAACUAUGACAUACAUACACUCUAUUCAAGGAGUACAUACACAACACACACACCAGGAAACCACGAAGUAUACACAAGAACAAGAAACGAUUGACCACGACAUCGCGCUGCAGGCUGCCUCGGUUGAAUGGAGGAACUUAGCUAGCGCUGUUUAAUGCCUUAGGAAGUCUGGUUAUAUAUUUUGUUGGAACUUUGUAGCCACUUUUAAAAUAGCUAGCUCGCUCUUGUCUUUUCUCUGAACGAC